AUGCGCCUCCUACAAACUUUGACGGCCUCGUUGCUGCUCACUAGCAGCUCACUAUGCGCUGGAGCUACUGGGAUCGCCCAGAAUGAUCACAGUGGAGCAAUUACUCCUAAGGUGUUUAUUGUGUCAAUGUUCGCACCUGAAGCCGAAGCUUGGUGGAACAUCCCCGAAUUCGACUUGCUUUCCCACAAUAUCACCAUUCCUGGUCUCUCACCUCUAUUCCCGGACGUUCACUGCACCGAGGACUAUGAAGUUUGCCAGCUCAUCACUGGAGAAGGCGAGAUCAAUGCUGCUGCUACUGUGACCUCCGUCGCUUUCUCCCCUCUGUUCGAUCUCACACAAACCUACUUCUUCGUCGCGGGCAUUGCCGGCGUCAACCCUAAGAAAGUCACCACUGCAUCUGCAACCUUUGCCCGGUAUGCAGUUCAAGUCGCUCUGCAGUACGAAAUUGAUCUCCGCGAGCUUCCUAGCAACUUCACCACCGGAUAUAUCGCGCAAGGCACCAAGUUCCCAGGCCAGUACCCGACCAGCAUCUACGGCACAGAGGUCUUCGAGGUAAACGCCAACCUGCGCACGAUUGCCGCCAAUUUCGCGCGCAAGGCAAACCUGUCCGACUCCACUGUAGCCCAGGCCUACCGCGCCCGCUACAAGACCCCCAGUGGGAAGUACAAGGCUGCCACCUUGCCCCCUAGUGUUGUUGAAUGCGACGUUGCGACCACCGACGUGUACUUCAGCGGCAAUAUCCUCGGCUCGGUGUUUGAAAACACUACCAAGGUGUUGACUAAUGGAACGGGUGACUAUUGCGCAACCGCACAGGAGGAUAACGCCACCUUUGAAGUCUUGCUCCGAUCAUCGAUCCACAAGCUGACUGAUUUCUCCCGCAUUAUCGUCAUGCGCACUGCGUCGGACUUUGAUCGCCCCUAUCCCGGUGCUUCAGCGACGUACAACCUCUUCCAAUCCUCGGAGCAGGGCGCAUUUGAGCCCGCUAUCAAGAAUCUCUAUGUUGCUGGUAUCAAGGUCGUCGAAGGUAUUUUGGACGGGUGGGAUGAGACUUUUGCUGCUGGUGUCGAGGCCGAUAACUACAUUGGUGAUAUCUUUGGUUCUCUGGGUGGUGCUCCUGACUUUGGCCCUGGACGCAAGCAGGCUCUGAUCGGUGGUGGCGCUUACAAGCGCAAUGUUCAAAACCGCUUCAAGCGUCGUGUUUAA